AUGGGAAACAAGAUUUCUAAAUCAAACCAGAGCCAAAAUGCAAGCAUAUUGACUCCAGAACAAAUUCAAGAAUACACUGAAGCCUUCUAUAUCUUCGACCAAGCUGGAGAUGGCGAAAUCGAAGUUGCAAGCAUAUGGCCCAUGAUGAGUGCAUUAGGUCAGUGCAUUCCGAAUACUGACCUACGCAGACUUAUGGCCUAUGCGAAGGUAAAAAACACCUUUUCCUUAAAACAAUUUUUAAAAAUCCAAGAAAUGCGACUAGUUGAACAAAAAAUCAAGGAAAAAUUGGUAGAAGCCUUUAAAUGCUACGAAGUAGGAGGAAACUUCGAAGAAACCUUCGACAAUAUAAAAAACACCCUGGAAGAGGCACAAAUUGACUUAUCAAUGGGGAAGUUUGAAGAACUGGCACGGGAAACUCUAGAAGGAGAAGGCGAUUACCGAUAUGAAGAAUUCCUAAAAAUGGUCACAAAUAAAGUUGGGUAA